UAUUUUUUUCUUAUACUUUCCCUGUGUGCAUAUUAAAUGUUCUUUUGCUGCUGGAAUAACCUAAUUUCUCCUUACCUAAUCUUAUUUUAUACUUAAAACACUACCCGACUAUUCAUUUGCAAAUGCAACCGGCGCAACUCUGUGAAGGGAGAAAAAUAAGAAAGACGCUGACGGAACUAAAUCCUACAGUAUGAUGUGCAUUCUUUGCUCUCCUUAAAACCUACAUGGUGCUUACUGAUGAGAAAGUGAUACGGCAUUGUAAUGUGACUUAUUCAAAGUUCCAACUGGAUAUAAAGGAUCACUCCGUUAUUGAUGUUUUGUGAAUCAUAUUCAUGGCUCAAGGCAGUUACAUCUUGAGAAAUGUGUCAGGUCAAAGCACUGAAGAGCGUGUUUCUAACUACCUGGGGAUUGACUACCAGUCGGACGCGGACUACCUCGAGUGUGUGGACAAUUUCCAAAACGGCGCCACCAUUAAGCGGCUAAGCCUUAAGAGGAGGCCCAGGGUGGCCGUCAACAAUGUGGAAAAAACACAGAGUGGCGUUUCAUCCAGCCAGUGGUACUCUGCAGAAUCCUUGUCAUCACCAAGCAGUGAUGAUACAAGACUGCUGGGCAUGUCUUCUGCAACCAGAGGUCGGCCUCCUCUUCCUCCGCCACACGGUUCCUCGUUGGAUAACAAACCCUCCAGGAUUGAAGGGCCGGCAACCCCUCAGAUACUCAAUGAGUCAAAGCCUCAGCCUGCUGCGAGAUCUCUUCCUUUACAAAGACAAAGCCCAGUGGUGGAAAAGACCUUAAUGGAGACCCUCAAACAUUUGGAGGAGGAGGUGAAGAGCCAGACUCCACCUCAGCCCCAUCCCCGUCGCCGACUGGCCAGCUUUGGAGGGGUAGGUUCCCAUGGCUCGCUCUCCCCCUUCACUGGCCUGGGUGCAUAUAAUCACAACAACAAUGGGAACAAGCCUACUGGCUCAGGAGGUGAAAUCCACCUGAGCUCGUCCUUGGGCAGUAGAGGCAGCACAGGAUGCCUUCGGCUGAGCCCACAGAGCUCUGGAAGAAGCGCCUCAGUUGCAAGUCUCGGCCCCACGCACCUGCAGCAUGUCCGUGACCAGAUGGUGGUCGCCCUGCAGAGGCUGAAGGAGCUGGAGGAGCAGGUGACCAUCAUCCCUAUCCUCCAGGUGAAAAUCUCAGUCCUUCAGGAGGAAAAGAGGCAACUGGUAUCUCAACUCAAGAACCAGAGUGACAACGAGGACGUGAACGAUGUGAUCUGGAAGAGAGCAUGUAGCAUGGAGACAUCUGACAUUGAGAACAAGGUGAAUAUGGGGGAAGGACUUGAGGGCGACCUCAGGGAGUUCAGGCAGCUGACUGAAGAGAUGCAGGCGUUGGAAAGAACCAUCAAAGGCGGACAUUUGCACGUAUGGCAUGAAAAAGGUCAUAACCUUCUGCAUGACAAGGCUAUCAAGUCAGUCACAGUUGAUAAAGAUGUAGAUAUGACCUCAUCUAAACCCACAACAGAAAACAAAUAUGUGCUCACCGAUGAGGUAGAGACAAGGUCCAUCGCAACAGAAGUGUCCGAAGUUAAUCUUGGAAUUUACACAGAGCGGGACGCAGAGAUUGAUGCCCAACAACUAAUAAUUGGUGCCUUGAAGGAGAGAAUUUGUCACUUAGAAGCAGAGUUGAAAGAAUCCGCUCUCCAGACAGAGAUGAGCCGUCUGAAACUGGAGCUUCAGGCCGCAGGAGCUCGGAAUCGAGCCGAUAAAGCAUCCUAUGCUAGACCGUCCACUGUGAGCACCGGCACCGAGGCAAGGCCUCACACCACAAGCCAGGGAGUGGGCAAUCACACUGAGCUCCGAGAUGCCAGCACGGGGGAGGCAACAGAGGUGAAGACUGUGGGAGUAUCGUGUUGCGGGCCUGAGCUGAAGAAUGUUUGCACAGGACCAGAUGUACCAAUGAGCCAGUGGGAGGUCAGGGAGCGAGUGGAGACUAUGGAGAAGGGCGUGGGGAUCCAAGUGUCUACGAACACACAAGGAGUUGGGAUGGAGAUAAGGUUUUGUGAUGCAGAAACCAACACAGAGGUACCAGUGGAGAAUCUGGGGUCUAAGAAGAGAAAGAUUAAGUCUCGUUCGGUGGGUUGUGGGGACUGUUCUGUUGAUGUGAUCAUCUACGAGGCUAAGGAAGUGGUUUCUCAAGGUAUUGCCACAGAUCAAGUCAGAGGAGUGGAUCUGGGGAUCAUGGCAUCACCGCAGACCGCUUCUCAACGUACCAACACCGUAUCCAGUUCAGUGUCUCGCUUUACCAACACCAGACAUGCCUUCAACACAGACUGCAGCACUAAUACUGUCCUAAGUACCCAAGACAAGCACACCAACACCACUCAGACUGCUACUAGGACCGUGUCAGUAGGCAACUGGGUCCAAGACAUCAAAUGCACCCCAGAGACCCGCACGAUAGGUGUAGGAACCACAAAUCUGCCUGGAAGUGCCUUUAAACAAACACCAGGGACAGUCGCCAAGGUAACCCGAGACGCCGGUGUUGGAUUCACGAACAUUAAUGAGAAUUUCCUGGUCGGUCUGAAGACCCGAAAUAUGGCCUCUGGAUCCUCCCAUCGACCGGACCCCAUCAAGACGAGGAGCGUCGGUGUCGGGGAGGGGAGGAUACGGGAUCUGUCGGUUUCAUCCAGUCAGACCAUCCAGCAAUCGUCCCAGUGGGACCCCGAGCUGAACCACUACAUAGAGAAGAUGCACUGGCUCCUCAGGGAUCACGGCGGCCUGCUCACAGAGGACCACGUUCCGCAGAGGGAAGGGUUUGUCCAGCAGCACAGUGGCCGACCAAGUGCCAGCUCCUGCGAUAACAAAGCUGCAGCACAAGAAGGAACAGACGUCCAUCCUUUAGAUUCUCAGCCACCAGUCAGCAGAGGGUUUCAGCCCACAUCUCAACUCUUACUUGACUCUCCAAAGUGUGACAAAGAAGACCCAGGGAUGUGCCAACAGGGUGAUUCAGAGGUGAAAAGAAUGAUACAGAUGUUGGAACAACAGACAUCCUCAGCUCUGCAAGACAGGUCAACUCAUACUGGUGUUCUGCGGUCUGUAAUGAAGAAGCAAAACGGUGACCAAGGCUGCAGCAGCAACAGGAAGAGCAUGAAGUUCAUGAGGGUGACCGCAGGAUUAGACCCCGUGUCAUCUUACGAGCUCUCUGCCAGUGAGAAGACGAACUCUGAGGAAGUGGAAAGGAGAGGACACAAGAAAUCUUCUCAAGAUGGAACGCAAGGAAGAAAGAGCAAAAGUGGCUCCAGCAAGGGGUCGAAAGGGUCUGGGAAAUCACACACACAGAGGUGUAAAAUAAGUGAGACGAUGUUUUCUGCUUGUCAAGCCUUAAAGAUGCACCUGAGUGAUAACACGGCUUUAUCCAGCAGGGAACUGCACGACUGUCUACAAACAAUCCAGCAGGAGUGGUUCUCUGUGUCCAGCCACAAGUCGGCCGCUCAUGACACGAUGGGGGAUUACUUGUCUACAUUUCGGGUCAUUUCACCUUCAGUGUUGCAACAUGUAGCCAACACGGCCGACGGCAACGGAAACACAGCGCUGCACUACAGUGUGUCUCACUCCAACUUUGGCAUUGUCAAGAAAUUGCUUGACGCAGAGGUGUGUAACGUCGAUCAGCAGAACAAAGCGGGUUACACGCCCAUCAUGCUGGCUGCACUCGCAGCUGUGGAAAGUCCAGAGGACAUGAGAGUCGUGGAGCGGCUCUUCACAAAAGGAGACGUCAACGCCAAGGCCAGCCAGGCCGGUCAGACGGCUCUGAUGCUGGCGGUGAGCCACGGCAGGAUGGACAUGGUGCAGGCUCUGCUGGCACAGGGGGCGGAGGUCAAUCUGCAGGACGACGAGGGCUCCACGGCGCUGAUGUGUUCCAGCGAGCACGGCCAUGCCGACAUCGUUAGACUCCUGCUGGCACAGCCAGACUGCGACGCUUCCCUGACUGAUAGUGUAUGUGAGUCAUUACUGCCACUCUGUGCAGCUCCUAUAAAUGAUGAAAGCACAGCCCUGUCUAUUGCUCUGGAGGCAGGACAUAAUGACAUCGCAGUGCUCCUUUACGCACAUGCCAACUUCUCCAAAGGACAGACAGGGGCAGCUGCUCGUCACAGUGGCAAGUCCCUCUCCUCGUCUGGGGGCAGAAAUCUCUUUGAAUGAGGUGAUUCACCGAAGACUCAACGGAUGCUUCUUGAAUCUUAUUUAUGAGGUGAUUCAGUACCGAAGCCUCCAUAAAGAAGGGGGGAUUUAUAGUUUAUAGUUGACAAUUGACAGAAUGCUAGUUAUUCUCUAGUGUAGCAUUUGCAUAGUGUGUAUUAUAAUAAAACUCAGCAGAUAAUAUAUGCAUGGCAGAGUAUUAUUCUAUGUUCAUAAGAGAUAAUAUUUAAUGUUUUAUCCUGCAGUCAUCUAUUAUAUACCAUCACUUCAAAGUUUCUUUAAAUGUUUUAAUUCUCUGUUUUUGUAAAUAAUAUUUAAUUGCAAUAUUUUAUAAUUGCAAAAGACAAUGAUACAAAAAUAUAGUAUACAGUAGCAUCAAACUCAUAUGUGAGUAAAUAUGUAAAUUAAUAACAAAAUAGCAGUAAAUAGUCUUGAUUUUGUCAAUUAUUCUGAAAAAAAAACUUAAAAUCUUAAAACUACGUGAACUUCGUACAUCCGUUAUUUAUUUAUAAUGGAUAGUUUUGACACUGAUGAAGGCUGGACAGCCGAAUGUUUGCUCUUCUGUGAAUAAAGUGACUUCUCAUCAUGA